AUGUCGACAAAGGUCUUUAAAAACAACAAAGGAAAUACCGAGGAAAUUGUCCUGAAAGUUGAUGACGACUGCGAAAAUUGGAAGGACGGUGGCCGGGGAUGGAUGAUAUGUUUUGCAGCUGCAAUGGUGCAGUUUGUCGUCCUGGGUAUUCACAACAGUUUUGGAAUACUGUACAUUGUGUUUGUCAAGGAAUAUGGAUGGAGCAAAGCUUUAACUGGUAAGGGCUGAAAUUUGAUUAACGCAUGAUUAACAAGGGAUUGUUAGGAGGUAUUAAAAUCAAGUUCAUGUUAUCUCCGAAGAAAUAUCCGUUUUGGGGUGUUCAGAUUGUAGGGAGCGGCGCGAUUUAGCGAGGGAAAUCACGUGUUAGAUUUUUAUGUGCCUAGGAACUCGCGCGCGGUUAGGGCAGGCCUACUAUCAAAGACCCAAAAUACUCUGUUAGAAUAGUAUGCGUCACGGGCGAAAGGUUUUUUUAAAAUAGGUUUUGACGUCAAGAAGGCAGGGAGAACUUUCUGUCUGGAGCCAUUUAUAUUUCUUGCGAAAAUGCUAAAUGCUUUCGUGUGUGAUUUCAGUCAAGCACCUUGGUUUCCUGUGGGUACUUCACAACAACAUCGCUCGACAUCGUACGGUUUAUUCAAGUAUAAUUUCAAUUUAGAUUAAGUACGGUAUAAUUUAACAAGAGAUAAGUUUUCAUACUCUAAUGUUUUGAAAUGAUUUAAUUUAGCUUCAUAUGAUCGUCACCCUUCACUCGACAUAUAAGGCAUAAGGAAAAGCAGAUGCAUGACGUAUUAAUCCCCAAAAAAGUUUGUUUUUGUCUGUGCGUGUGCCACUUAAUCCUUUUUCCCCCCUACAAAACAAACAAAAGAAACAUGUGAAUGCAGCAAGAGGUCGCUGGCUAUUCCAGUAAAAUUUGACUUGAUCUCGUCUUCGUGAGAGAAAAACACAAGAACGGUUUAGGACGAUCUACUACUAUGAUCUGAAGGCCUACAUGGAACCGGAGCAAAACAACCCUGGUAUUUCUCAAUUUAGGACAAUGUACAAAUUAAACUGAUGUUUUCUAUCAGAAAAUGGCUUAAAACAAGCUCGCGUAAGGCCAAUAAACCACAUUCUGUCCAGCUGCAAUCUCUAUAAAGACGUCUUUCCGAGUAUACUGUUGCUAUACUCAGCUCGCGUGAGGUCUUGCGACACACCUCCAUGAUCUCUGUUCAAAUUUCCUAAUCGAGCUUUAUGGGAGCGUUUUGCCGGGGCAUUGUUUUAUCGUACCUUGCAAAAUAAAAUGGAAUGAAAAGGCAGGAAACCAAGUGGAAUAAAACGACCAAAAGUGUGCAUUUUCCAACAUGAAAAAAAAAACAGUUAUAACUCGAAUGAUAAAAAUAAAAAGAGGUUUAUUCCCCUGGGAAUGAGGCAGGGCAUAAGAUUUCCGGUAUGGAUACUCAAAACGUGACUUUUUUACAACCUGCGAGGCAGGAAAGCGUUAAAGGGGAGGGGCCAGGGAGGGCUAAAAAAAGGGGAAUUCGCCCCUCUCCCUCCCCUCCCGUUCGCCUUUUAAUGCUGCCGCGGACGCCUCUCUGGUCUCGCACACUUUUCAUUUGUUGUUCCGGCAGAAGAAGGGUGGGAACUUAAGUCUUUCACUUGCAAAAGUGAUCGGCGUAUAACUUCUCCUUACAAUAUUCAAUACAUUGUCACACAGAAAGGUGAUGAGAAUAGGUAAAUUUAUCAGCCAAUGGAUGCCAUAUUGGUAUAACCCCAAAUUUUCUUAACUAAUGCACAGUAAAAUGUAUGGCAGCCAGAAAUGAGAAUUACUGAUCAGAUCGUAGGAGUCAAAGGCUUAAGCCUUCGAACCUCGCGCUAACUCGAACCAUGCAACGUCGAUUUCCCCUGGAUUUCGUUCUUACAUUUACUGUAGUUUUACCCUCGGUAACUCGAGCCUCCCGCUAACUCGAAGUAACGUUUGUUUCCCUUCAGAUCAUUUCUAUACAAUUCUACCUGCCUGUUUACCUAUAUGCUGUUCUCCCCUCGACUAGACGUGAAGGUAAUUAGGAGGUAAUUUGUUUGUUUUUGUUUAUGCAGGUUACAUAGGCUCUAUGGGACUGGGCAUGAACUUCUUUUUCGGCCCCUUCACCAGUGCAUUAUGCGAUCGUUACGGCUGCCGAGUGGUCGCCAUGAUGGGUGGGGUCAUCUCCGUUGCAGCAAUGUUCGCAACGUCUUUCGUCAACAGCCUCGUUCCCAUUUACCUGACCUAUAGCGUUCUCUGGGGAAUGGGCUCCAGCAUGAGCUAUGUUCCAACAUUCCUUAUGGUCGAUAGUUACUUUGAGCGGCGAAAGUCCUUGGCGAAUGGGUUCAUAACAGCUGGGAGCGCUAUUGGGGCUCUGGUAAUGGGACCCACUCUAAAUGCACUCUUAUCUAAAGUCGGUUGGAAGAACACCAUGAGGUUCCUCGGGGGCGCUGCUUGUAUUUUGGUGUUCGCUGCGUUUAGCUACAAACCACCGCCUGUGAAAAGAGAACCUGCGAAAAAGAAGAAACUGAUAGACUUGUCUGUUUGGAAAAAUAAAGGAUUCAUUGUCUGGGCGUUGGCACUCGGCAUAUUUAAUCUGGGUUACUUUGUUCCUUACGUCUAUUUGGUAAGUUGGAAUUUCCUCCUGUCCUUCAUAAAAAAACUUUUCUAUUUAUUGAAGACGCCCCCUUUAUUGAGUCGUUAGGUUUUCUGUGAUUUCGUGGGCAGUCUGUGCAUAUUUCUAAAGCGCUAGAAAUCGAGAAAAGAGGUUGUCGGUUUAUAGAUUGAUUUUGCACGUCAUAUAAUAAACUAAUUAAAGAGAAGAAACUACAAGGGAAGAAAAAAUUCCUUCCUUUGUUCAAUAUUUCGUAGAUUAAUCUCUUUCUUUUCUAUUUAUUUCGUAGAUCAAAGCCUGUUCAGGAAAGUUUUGACUAUUCUUAUGCAACACAGCUGGUUGCGAAAUUCUUUAAGGCGACGCACCACAAUCUUUGAUUACUACUAGUAGAUAAGAGGAUAUAAUUAUAAACUGGAGUUAAUAAAAUACAUCGUCCACUUGAAAGAGAUUCAAUAUCUGACGUUUCUAUCCAUUGUUAACCUUCUUAAGGCUGAAAAAAGUGCUACGAGUUGCCGUUGAAACGUAGUUGAAAAGUUUUUGAAUUUUAAAUCCCUUUGUGGUGGCUAAUUUACCCUUUCUAUUUAGCUGCAUUUCCUGCGUUAAACAGACUUGAACACAUCUCUUCUUUUCUUUUGUCACGGGGAGAACGUUCAAAACCUUUUAAACAUAGCAUUAUGCAGUAGAUAUGUCAUAUUUUUAUCCCCUAAAAAUUUUUUUAAUCCUAGCUGAAAGUCUAGUGAUCCGAAGGGUUACCUUUUCGAAAAUUUCAGCCAGAAAAAGGCUUCCGAAAAUUUGCUGACCUUUUUCAGUCUUAAAAACGGAGAUGUUCGAAAAUCCUAGGAUGGCGCAACAAAGAUUUCAAAUCGUCUUCCGAACAGAUAUUUUCCGAAAAUUGUCGUUGGGUGCCCCUGUUUUGUAUUUACCCGGUUGUCUAAUAUAAUGCUUAGAAGGGUUAUUUGCUCUUUCAGUCAAGGGAAGCAAGGGAUGGCGCAGUAGUGACAGCGCUAGCCUCCCACCCCGGUUUCACUUCUGGCGUCGACGCCAUUUGUGGGUUGAGUUUGUUGUUGGUUCUCUCCCUUGCUCCGAGAGGUUUUUCUUUGGGUACUCCGUUUUUCCCCUCUCCUCAAAAACCAACGUUUCAAAAUUCCAAUUCGACAAGAAAUCAGGUAGACGAAGAACCAUUUUGUGGAUGUGCUCAUUUUUAUUUAUUUAUAAUUUAUUUGUUUUUCAACAGCCAACCCACGCAACCUACUUACAGAUCCCCGAAUCCAAGGCGUCGUUCCUCAUCGGCUUUCUUUCGGUUGGUUCCUUAUUUGGUCGACUCUUCUUCGGUCAUAUUUCGGAUCUCCGAUGGGUCAAUCGUAUGUAUCUUUACCAGACAGCACUGUUGGUGAUGGCUGUUACGACGACUCUAUGCCCGCUGGCCACCACGUACUACUGGCUGGUUGUCUACACGCUCUUGUUUGGAAUAUUUGAUGGAGCGUUUGUAUCACUGAUCGCUGUCCUUACCGGAGAUGUUGUUGGUCAUCAUAGGCUGCCUUCAGCUCUAGGGUUUUUAUAUCUGGUAUUCUCCGUUCCAAUUAUGACAGGCUCACUGAUCGCAGGUAUGAUAUCAAAAAUCAAAAUGGCAAACGGCUCACUCAUUAACUAUCCAGUGGCUGGUCAUCCUCGCUGUUGGCCAGAACCUCUUUAGAACCUCUCAUGAUUUGAUAGGUUCUUGUUGGCCCGAAGCUCUAUUGUUUCAUUGUUAGUUUUGUUUGGAUUAGGGCUAUCUAUUGUUUUCUAAACCAAUCCUGUGAGCCGUUCUUAGAGCUUCCGGCCCACCCCACCCUCGCAGCCCUUUUUGUAUCGUCACGCAAUGCUCCUCUCCAACAGGAGCGGUGCGUGACAAGACAAACACGGUACGGCUGCAUGCUAUCGGGAGACCAGCGAGUGGCAUGACCGCCAACCUCGUUUCCAAUGGCCGAGAUGCUUUAGGUUAGCGACGCGAUGGGGAUCGCAUGACAAAAGGGACCCCUGGGGAUGAGGUUGCAUGCCCGCCCAACUUACACACAGCCAACCCAGUGCAAUGCGUACUGGAAACUACGUGUAGCCGAACCCUUCCCCGACAACCUGUAGAUAUCCCCUUUCGGGAGAUAUUUUGUUUUGUAUUUGCUGUUUUAUCUCUUGAAUAAAGUAUUGUAUUACUGUAUCAUCUAACUUAACUAAAAUGGCGCUUCGUCACUUGAAAGUAGGCAAGGCAAAAGUAGAAUAAAUCUUGUUUUUACAGCUGUUAAAAAGUGUUUGAUACCAUUUUCUGAUUAUUAUUCUUAAGUUCUUCACUGCGACACCAACAUUAUUUUGUUUUCUCAGGAUUCCUAAGUGACAUCACAAGUUCGUAUAACGAGGCUUUCUACUUCUCUGGUGCCGCCAUUGCUCUCUGUACAGGCCUGUUAUCAUUCGUUCCGGUUUUAACGCCCAUGAGAUCACGUGACGUCAAAGAGAUGAAAAUGACCUCUGAUGAGCUCGGCAAAAAGCGAAGACCUUCGUUCUUUGAAAAAUAUGUGCAAAAAUACUUCAGCUCUUCGGAGCCUAAGCCUUCUGAAGUUGAGGAGUACUUGUUUGUCGUGGAAAAAAUCACAGCGGUGUGAUCUUCCUAGCUAUGAGAAUAUGAUCAUACGAUGGUGAGAAAUCAAACCGCGACAAUGUACUGCACUGUAACACAGUGAAACGGCUUUUUAUUACUAAGAACUGUAAUAUUGAUGAUGAUAAUAUUAAUAGUGAUAAGCACGUUGAAAACAAAGAGAGAGAGAGAGACUAGAGACAGAACCUGAAAAAAUAGAACAUUGCAACGAAAUCGUUAUCUUUAGAGAACAAGGACACAGUUUUUGCCAUUUUCUGUCUGCCAGUCAGAACUUU